AUGAACACGGCAGGCGCCGUGAUCCUCGCCAUCGUCCUGCUUCUUCUCACAGCAGGCGUCGGCUGGAUCAUCUUCACGCGCAUCCGGGCCUCAAGGCUAGGCCUCCCCUCACCACCCUGGAAAUCCUAUUUCCCCUGCCUCCCGUCCUCCUCCUCUCCCUCCUACGGCGGCCCAUCCCCAGCCCCAGGCGGCUUCGUCGGCUGGGUCAGCGAUAAACUCCGUUCCAUCGGCCGCCCCCGCAAUACCCGUACCGCUGCUGGCGCCUACGAGGGCGGCGGAUCGUCCUCGUACAAUGCGGGCUAUUCCGGCGGUGGGAACAACCACGGCGGGAGCAGAGGACAAGGCCACAGCGAGUACCCGGAAGACGACGACCCGUGGGAUUCGCGCGUGGGAGGGUAUAACCCGUAUGAAGAAGAGCGCGAGCUCGGGGUGGUUCCGCCGGCGAGCGGGAUGGGUGGUCCGGGGGGGUAUGUCAGGGAGUACCGGCCGGAUGGGGAAGGGUAUCAGAUGAAUCUGGCCGUUGCGCCGGGUGAACAGGCUGGUGGUAGUCGGGGAUUGCAGGAGGAGGAAGAGCAAACGCGGGGUCGGCCACGGAGUCGGUCGCCGGGUCACUCGGGUGCUGCUGCUGCUCAGGCGCAGGCGCAGUCGCAGGCCCACCAGCCGGCGGGGAGGAAUCCGUUUGAUGAUGAGGCGGAGCCGAGUAAUUUGAGUUUGAGGGGGGUGAGUCCGAGGCCGAUGGAUGGUGGGGGCGAUCGGGCGUCGUUUGCUGCGCGGAAGGCGGCGGCUGAGGAUAGGAGGUCGAUGUUCAGGGAGGAGGUGUAG